AUGAAGAAAGUACCGAGCAAACGAAUCCUCGCAAGACUGCCACGUGCGCAGCUGCCGCAGAAACCGUACGGAUUCUGUUGCGAAGAGAAAUUUCAAGAUCCUGAGAAACGCUACGAUAUGCGAAAUCCGCCCUUCGUGUCCUCCUUGACGAACGUAAUCCUGAACAAUGGUGGACCCGCGAUAAAGUUCCGUGUUCAAGACACCGGUCGGCUACCAUAUCCCAUUCAACUAAGAAUUCUCGAAGCUAAAGGUAUGGCUUAUUUGGGACGUUCUAAGCGAUGUAGAAGUCCUUUGCAAUGGUACUUGGAGGAUGAAAUUGCGCUCGCGCGUGAAUUCUUUGCUAAAAAGAGACAAGAUAAUUACAACAUGAGUAUGAAAAGAAAUCUGAUGAUUGCCAGACAAAAAGCAAGAGAACGUAAAAGACGCAUUAAGAGAAGAAAUUUGCGAAAGAUUACUCCAAAAUAGAAAUUUACACAGGAUAAUUGAAUAUUGGAAAAGUUAGUCUGAAGAAAUCCAUUGCAAAUUUAAAAAUAUUGUAAUAAAAUGUUUGAAGGUUUAAAUAUUGACAAUAAAACAAAUUUGUAAUAUUGUUAUAAAUUGCGAAUUUAAUUAAAUGCAUGGAUAAAUGCGACGCGUGGUAUAUAUUUUGUGUGAAAUAUUUAUUAGAAAAAAUAUUUUAGCAGAAUACAAAUAUUUAUACAGCUUCACCUAUUACCUACUGUAUCGUAUAUAUUAUAAUCGUAACAUAUUAUAUUAAUGUUAAUAUACAAAAUUGUAGGAAGAAGUAAAGGGAAUUAUAGAGUAAUAUAUGAUUCUUAUGUAUAU